AUGCUCGCUCGUGUCUCUGCAGUGAGUAAUGUUCUACAACAAUAUAGGAAGAUUUCGUCUUCGGGUCCAAGGGAGCUUACGCCAGCCAUGGUUCGCUCCAUUAAAGAGGCUGACAAGCCAACAAAAAGGGGCAAGAAAACAGAAACCCAGAAGGAGGCACAAGUUUCCAAAUCAACCAAGGGGCAAACCCCUAAGAAGCGAAAAUCUGACAAGGCUGCUCCAUCACAGCCUCAACCGAAGAAGCAAAAGAAGCCUGCUAGGAGGCUUAUACUCCAAUCCUUCAGUAACUCAGAUUCAGAGUAUGUUCCUCCCAAACAUAAGUCUGCUCCUCCUUCAGAAUCCGAGAGCGAAAGCUCUGAUGAUGAGGCUUCGGGCCGAGGAGAUACUCCGCCUCGCUUCCCUACCCCAGAAGUUUCGGUUCGCUCUCCACCUCCGUCUCCUCCACCUGUUACCAUUCCAGUAUCCAUCCCUUCUAUAUUUCCUAUCCCAACCACUCAACCAACCACUACAAUUCCCAUCCCUACUCCUAUAUUCACAGACAUUACUACCGCCACUACUACCAUAGGGGCUCAUUCUAUAGCUCCCAAUCCACCCGUUACAACCAAACCACCAGUUACAACCGAACCACUAGUAACCACCGAACCUCCAACCACUACCAAACCCUUAUCUUUUACUUCAUCUACAGAAACCACCCUAGUUCUAAGUGGUGAGGACUUGGAAUUUGAUUCCAUGUAUUUUAGUCCUUAUGGUGUACAGAUUGACGAUGAUGAUGAUGAGCCUGUUACAAAGCGUCAUCUCAAGGUAGUAAACAAAAAAGUUGAUCAACUGCUCUCAUCCUCUUCCUCUGGAGCUUACUCUGAAGCUGCUUUAAAGGCCUUGUUAUCAUCUGUCGUUCAAGAACACAACGCCUCGCUCUCUGCGGCCGCUAAAGCUAUUGAAGCCUCCACUUCUCAAUGUAAGCAAGCCUCCCUUGCUGUUGAGGGUUCCACCAAGGAGUGCAAGGAUGCAACCGAAAAAGUCGAUAAACUAGUGUCUGAGGCUCACUUAUUUCUAGAUUCCUUGCAGGCGGCUGCUAAGAAGAAUGCUCAAAUUGUCAAUGCUUCGCUGGACACCCUUCAACGUUUGCUUCAAUCUGAAAGGUCCAACCUUGAAGCUGCACGCCAAGUGAUCGAAGCUGCCAACAAAUCUCUACAUGCUAAUGUUAAUGAUCGCCUGACUCAACUUGAGGCAGAAUUGGCUGUAGAGAAUCGCAUCAUGGAUGAGCUUGACAGGAGAACCUCUCAGCUGAAGAUGCAAAAUUACAAGCUUCGUACUGCAACUACUGAGCUUAAUGACCUGAAGUAUGAAAGAAGGCACUUGGCUGACAAGAUCGGGCCAACAUUGGACAUACUUAGUCAUAUUGAAGGUGUUCCGGUGACUGGUGUCCAGCCGAAACAAGGGGGAGAAAAGGCAACAACUCAACCUCCUCCUGCACCAAAACCAUCCACUGAACCGAAGGGUAACGAAGCUUCGGUCAAUAAUAAGGAGAAAAAGAAGAAGAAGAUUGGGGAGGAUGAAACGGAUAAUGAAGAUGAUGUCUAUGCUAAGAAUCCUAAAAAGCCUUCUCAGAAGGCAAAGUCCUCCGAUAAAGAGCUAGUAGAAAAAUUCAAGAAACAACAGGCUGAGCUUGAGCAAAAGCGAAAGGAGACGGAGCUCCUAGAAAAGAAGAAGUCCAUGUUUCCUAUUUGGACUAUAGAUUCGCUCUAA